CAUGCGCUCUCUGCUUCUUUUCCUCUGCCUCUCCCUGGCCGGGACGAGGGGAGCUGGGGCGUCCGACCACUCCAUGCCCUUCAUGGUGUACCUGGACCUCAACCGUCAGGUGUGCCUCGAGUGGGGCUUUGAUAAACUGGAAGGAGACAUUACUUUCAAACUGACUGUCAACACCACGGGCUGGGUGGGCUUAGGCUUCAGUCCCAGCGGAAUAAUGAACGGGGCAGAUAUGGUCAUAGGGGGAGUUGGACCCGGUGGAGUCUACUUCACAGAUCAUCACGCCACGGGGAAAACCAUGCCUUUGGAGGACACUCAGCAGAGCUACACUCUCCUGUCUCUGACUGAAAGUGAAGGACAAACCAUCAUGGAGUUUGAGAGGGACCUUCAGACGUGUGACGCCCAGGACUUCCACAUCACCGAUAAGCCCAUUAAGCUGAUCUAUGCCUAUGGAAUGACAGAUGAGGUCAAAUACCACAGUAGCCGCAGAGGCACCAUGGAGGUCAACCUUCUGAACUACAUGGCCAGGACCUCCCAACCUAUCUCCAGCUAUAUCAGCGCCACAGUGCGAAAUAUCACUGUCCCUGCCGUCCGAACCUACUACCACUGCAAAGUCAUGAAACUUCUAAACAUGCCUACAAAACAUCACAUAUAUCUUAUUUCCCCAGUGAUCGAGCACCCCGACCUUGUCCAUCACAUGCUACUGUACAGCUGUCCCUCCGCUGUGACCGAGCCGUACGACAACCGAUGCUACAGCGGAGACAAAGGGGACAUUUGCUUCGGGGUGGUGGCUGCUUGGGCAGUGGGAGGAGGGGUGUAUGAGCUUCCAGCAGAUGUGGGUAUUCCUAUUGGAGGUGAAGACAUAGAUAGAUUCUACAGGCUGGAAAUCCAUUACAAUAAUAUAAACCUUGAAGCAGGCAGGACAGACAACUCAGGACUCAGACUCUACUACACAGCCCAACUCCGGGAGCAUGACAUGGGCAUCCUGUCCACGGGUGUGCUGCCUUUUGACCAUAUACAAUACAGAAUCCCUCCAAAGGUCGCUCAGUUCCACACCUAUGGCGUGUGUAACACCUCUCUCUUCCCUCAGUCGAUGGAUUCUGUGCCUGACCUUCAAGUGUUCGGUGUCCUGUUGCACACUCACUUGGCUGGGAGGAAAAUCAGAGCUGUCCACUACAGAAAUGGAAAGCAGAUCGACUCUUUGGCUGUCGAUGAAAACUACAGCUUUGAGGUUCAGCAGAUUGUCAAUAUUGGAAAAAUCAAGACCAUUAAGCCGAAUGAUGAGAUUGCAGUGGAGUGCACCUACAGCACUCUGGAUCGCACUAAAGUCACUGAGAUGGGGUUGUCCACCACCGAUGAGAUGUGCUUGGCCUUUCUAUUCUACUACCCUGCAAUCGAGAUCACCUCGUGCACGAGCCACCCAAUGACACAGGCUCUGACAAACACAUCCUACGAGGUGACUGACAACACCAUGCUAAGCCAUGAUGGGAUAGUCGAGUACGAGAAUGUGCUGAAGAGCCUCCCACAGAUCCAGAUACUCAGCGAUGUUGACCACAAUUUCACGUACAACAUAAAUGGCUUCAUCAGGGAAAUGGAGAAGAAUCCGACUUUCACUUGUUCAAAUGCGUCAACUCGACUCUACACUUCCUGGAUAAUGAACCCAGGAGGAAUCAUGCUUCUGCUGCUCUGGACUGCAAUCAUGUAAAGUUUUUUUAUGAGCAAGUGAUCAAAUCCAUUGUAAUCUUCAUAAGGGAAAGCACUAAUGAUAAAUUCUGUUUGACUAAUAAAAUGGAAUUGGGUAUAUAUAUAUCUACAUAGAUAUAUAGAUAUAUAUGUGUUUACUAUUUUAUACUUGUUUUGUAUGACAUUUGAUCUGUUUUCUGUCUUUUUCAUAUUUUUUCUCUUUGAGGUUCACUUUAAAUCAAUGAUCAGGUGUCAUGUUAUUCAGCAACCAUUGAUUAUCGUACUGGGAUUAACAUUGCUAUUUCACUCCAAACUCUGUUUUAUAAAAGCAUAUAUUAGUGGACCAUAUUUACCAUAGAAUGUCAAAUAAAAUGCCAAUAUAUAUAUAAAUAUAAACAUUUAUUUUAUGCAUAUAUUAUAACUAUAUCAAUAUGGACAUGAUAUGGACAAAAAAAAGUGAGAACUGUGGCCCAACUUAAUCUUUUAUAUAUCUCAUUUAGUCCAUGUACAUGCCACUGUUAGAAUAUGUGGCACUAUCUCAUAUUAUCACUGUUUGUGAAGUUAACUAUGUCUAUUAUUUG